GGGCGCGUGGCUUGUGGGCUGCGUCCGGGUAACUGCAAACAUGAGCGUCACUAGUCUCCUUUUGGCGGGAGGUAGGGCUCCCGGGCUGCUGGUGAAGUGGAGAUGUUUCCCAGUUCCGCUAGAGUCAUCCUUGUUCCAUGCUCUUCCUAAUUCCUGCUGCCGGAGAAAAUCCACUUCUCCAGAAAUUACACCAAAUGCUGAUGCUUGUGAUGAAAAGACAAAAGCACCUGGAAAAGCACUUGACCAGCUCUUCUCUUCAGAACAGCAAACUUCCAUCUUGCAUGUACUGAAUACAGCAUCUAAUAAAGAACUUGAAGCUUUCAGGCUGCUUCGUGGAAGAAAGUCUACCAACAUUGUAGCACACAGAGAAAAGUUUGGGCCAUUUCAGAAUUUGGAGAGUUUAAUGAAUGUGCCUUUGUUCCAGUAUAAAACUACCGUUCAAGUGUGUAACUCCAUUCUUUGUCCAGGGACUAGAGGAAAGAAAAAACAGUCACAGGAAAACCGACUCUUGAAAAAGCUCAUCAAGCCUGAGAUAGAAUUAGAAAGACUUAAGGCAAUCAAUAGUAUUGUAUCCAUUGUUUUUGGUACUCGAAAAAUUGCCUGGGCUCACCUUGAUCGGAAAUUAUCAGUUUUGGACUGGCAGCAAAAUGAAUGUUGCCGACUGGUUAAAGGAACAUACCCUACAUCGAACUACUUUGAAAAGAUUUCUUCCAUCAUUACAAAGAUGCCUAGAGCGGACUUUUAUAUUCUGGAAAAAAUCGGAAUUUCCAUUCAGAACUCAACACUGUUCCCUAUCUUAUUACACUUUCAUAUCAUGGAAGCCAUGCUGUACGCCUUAUUAAACAAGACUUUUGCGCAGGACGGCCAGCAGCAAGUGCUGAGCAUGAACCGGAAUGCAGUGGGGAAGCACUUUGAACUGAUGGUGGGUGACACCCGAACCAGCGGGAAAGAAAUAGUGAAAAAGUUCCUCUCGGAGUCUGUGCUGAGCGCAGAGCCCCGGGUGUCCUUCCCCUCAGACAAGAUCGUGCGCUACAGACAGCUGUUCUCAUCUACUGAGCACAACCGAGUGGAAGAGGUGUAUGAUUCACUCUUACAAGCAGUUGCCUUUUUUGAAUUGGUAGUUUUUGACGCUGAACCUUAAAAUAUUCUGAAGUUAACGUAUUAUUACCUGGUUUAAUGUUGUAUUACAUCACUUUUUAUUUGUGAAUCCUGCAGUUAAGAAUCCCGGCCAGGGAUGGAGCUCAGAAAUGGAGCACGUGUAUUUCAUGCAUCAGGCUCCAGGUUCAAUCUCUGGCACUGCUGAAGUGAAAUAGUCAUAGAGUCAAGUUCUGAGUGAGUGGAGAAAGCAUGCAAAAAUGGUUUCUUUGCUUUUUGGGUCACACAUGGUGAUGCCUAGGGGUUACUCCUGGCUCUGCACUCAGGAAUCACUCCUGGCAGUGUUUGGGGGACCAGAUGGGAUGCCAGGUAUCAAACCCGGGUCAGCCACAUGCAAAGAAAAUGCCCUAUCUGCUGUACUAUUGUUCUGGCCCUGCUGAAAUGUUAAUGCUUAACACUUAAACGCUUCAAGUCAGACUUCCGGCUGUUGACAGUGGGCAGGGUGUUUGCCUUGCAUAAGGACAAUCCAGCAUCAAUCCCUGCAUCUCAUAUGGUUCCCUGAGCACCGCUAGAGGUGAUUCUUGAGUGCAGAGCAAGGGGUACCUUAGAGUACUGCCAGGUGUGGGCCAA